UCCUGGAGGGUCUAUUCAUCGGCAGUGAAAUCGAUCAUUGUGGGCGCCGUAGGGCAUAUGCGUCUGUGUCUGGUUCCACUCGAACGCAGGUUUCUGAUUACUUUUGGGUCCCGGCGACUUUGUGAAUCGGAACAUAGCGAGGUAUUGCAUGUAAAAGGAUGCCUCCAUUUCUGUUGCAAUUCAUCAAGAGAAAAAGUAUGACCAGAAAGAGGAAAAGAAGACACAAAAGAAGAAUAUUGAAGGGGAAAUACCAUGCGGACUGGUCAGGUCUCCCUCAAGGUAUCAUUGAGAUGAUUGCGGACAAACUGCCUUUAGUUGAUCGCUUAUCCCUCAGUAAAAUUUGCAGAAGCUGGAAUGCCGUUCUUGGUGAAGACCUUCCUUGCUGGCAAAGCCAUGGACUUCCUUGGCUUCUAGUGUCAGGUGAGCAAUGUAAAGAAAGUAGAACUUGUAUCAGCAUACUAGAUAAUCGUGUAUGGGAGUUGAAGAUGUCAGAGGCAUAUGGAAAAUAUUGCUGGGGAUCAUUUCAAGAGUGGCUAAUUAUGGUAAAAGAUAUGAACAGUUUCAUUCUUGAAAUUAAGUUGUUGAAUCCUUUCACAAGAAGCCAAUUUACUCUACCUCCGAUAUGGAACUUUUACCACAAGAUAGUGCUCUCAGGGCGUCCCUUUGAGAAUGACUUUGUGUGUAUGGUUCUACACAGCCAGCACAAGGAGCUGGCUUUUUAUGUGCCAGGAGUGCAAUCAUGGCUUAAACAUAAGUUGACUGGUGAACCAUUUGAAGAUGCUGUAUUUUGUAAAGGAAGGUUUUUUCUCCUAGAUAGAAGUUCUAAUAUCUGGCAAAUUGAUGCUAAAAGUAUCCACUCUAGCAUUAGUAAAGGUGAUAUUCAUUUUGGAACAUUGUCUGAAUUAGAAACACAGUGUCAUGAAAUAAAAAUGCCAGAUAUGCCGCAGUUGAAUGAAGUGUUAAUAUUAGAGAGGCAUGCUGAGAAUUGCAUUUUAAGAUACCUUGUGGAAUCUUGUGGGGAGGUUUUGCUUGUUUGUAGAUAUUUUCACCCGAAACAAGAUCUUGUGCUUGAGACAAAAAAGUUUGAAGUAUAUUUGUUGGAUCUUUGUCAAUAUUCUUGGAAGAAACUUGAGGACUUGAAGAGUAGAAUGUUGUUCUUGGGAAAAUGUUCAUCAUCAUCGUUCUUUGCUGAGGAACUUGGAAUUGGAAUCAGCAAUAGCAUAUAUUUUACCAAUGAUCAGGCUGCUCCUUGGUGGAAUGAAUGGGAUUCUAACCAUUUGAAAGAUAUGUCAACUCGUCUUGGUUUAGUCAAGAACGUUGGUAGAAACUGGGGCAAUUUCAAACUUAGAAAUGAUGAUGGGGAGCUUUUUAACUUCCAUGGUGAUAUAGACAAAUGGCCGUACACUUGGUUUACUGCACCCAUAUGGUGGUGCUGCAAGAAUGUUCCCCCAAUUGAAAGGUAUUGAGUCAAAUCACCAAUAUUAAAACAGGUGAAUAAAAUUUGACUUGUAUUUUAAAGCUAGAACUAGUAGUGGGCUCUUUGUUUCGUUAAGGCUGUUUUUGGUGGGAGAAGCCAACAUGUAAAUAUAUAUCUUGUACAGCCAGCAUGGUUGGUGAUAUGUUGGUUGUGUGUUUUCAUUCUGACUAUAUACCUCUCUCUUGCGACAAAGCUAUGGAAAACUGAAUCAGUUAGUGAACUGAUUAAAGCGUUAGUUUAAA